GCUACAUCUAAUGGUAUGCAGCUUCUUUGGAUUCGCCACUUCGAUUUCUGACCAUUCCCUUGUUGGCAUUUUAUUGCCACUCAACUCAAACUUCGUAAAACAUCAGCGAAUACACUCAUAUCUACACUAACAACAUCAGAAUUACCAUAUGUCGUGUGGAAGAUUAGCGAAAAGGGACAAAUUUUCGCCUAUCAGGAUAUUCAUCAGUUUUGGUUUUAUUUUCUUUGGAACACUCUUAUUCGAUUAUAAUUCAUGGUCAAAGGAAUUCUAUGGCAUGGAUGCUGAAAUUGCGGGGGAGACCCUUAGCGAGGAGUUGCCAAAGCAUGCCAAGGAUUGUGUAUCAUUCUUCAGUCAACUGAAUGAAUCUAUGGUAACAAAGAUAGGACGAAGGAACUGCAGGAAGGCACUGACAAAUCUGACGCUAAUUGGAGCAUAUGCUUAUUCAGAUUAUUCUGUGGUAACCAUUGAUUCAUGUCAGUGGUAUGGAAGGAAGGUGUACUGCCAUUACUUCGAUGCAGACUGGAAAGAACUGGGUCCUCCUGUCGAAUCAGUAGUUUUUCCCGAAUUUGCUGUACAUUGUUGCAGACAUCCCAGGGCGGCUUACAUGGGGUUAACCGAAAGUGAAGAUGAGGAAGUGAAUUUUACAGUACCAAUACUUGAUAGAACUGUGGAUAAGCCUAAGUACAAUUUGUCAGUGUGUCUUGCACCAAUGUAUGGAAAUGAAAGCAAAUGGUUGAUGCUGGCCGAACUAAUUGAACAUUACAAACUGCAAGGUGUGCAACAUGUGUACUUAUAUGUCAAGGAUAUCGAUGAUUACUCUCGUCUUCUGAUUGACGACUACGAGAGGAGUGGCGAAGUUGAGGUGGUGUACUUGAGGAAAGAGCAAGAUAGAUAUGGAAUGGAGUGGCAUAUGGUUGGAGUGGAGGAGUGUCUUCACCGAAGUCGACAUCAUUCUCGCUAUGCAAUAUUUACGGACAUUGACGAAAGAAUAAUGGCUUUGGGAAAUCAAACCCUCGCAGAGUAUACUUCAAAAGCAAUGACCGAAAAGACAAACAUAGGUAUGCUUCAAUUUCGACAGACGUGGGUGUUACGCCCCAGAAAACCUCCCAAUAAGUAUGAGGGAGAAGUUACGCUAAAGAAACAUCUCCCCACACUUAUUUUCCAUAAUACAUCAGCUGUAGGUCCCCGUGGACACACAGUAAAAUGCAUUAUAGAUCCUCGACGUGUAUUGAUCAUGUGGAUCCACUAUGUCCUUCUGUAUUUUCCUGGAUAUAAAGGUGUUACUGUUUCUGCACCACCAGAUAAAGCCAUUAUAAGGCAUUACCGUGAUCUCGUUGAUGACAACUGGGGAACGACAUGGAUACAUGAAGUGGAGAGAUUCGGCAAUUUCACAAUGACGGAUUAUCCAGCGCAAUUGAUGGUCAAACUUUACAGAAACGUCAAAAAACGGCUUUCUCGAGUCUAUGGAAGAACAUAA